AUGACUUCGAAACCAUCCACCAGUGACGGCAGGGCUCACUCGAUUUCCCAUGUAUCUGGCAUGCGAAUGAGAACAACAUCGACGCCACACAGUCCCAGGCCGUUCAGACCAUGUGCAGAUUGUACAUGUUCUCCAGGUUUACUAUCUAGGCAGGGUCGUAGAGCCUCUCUGUUUCUGAGACAGCUGGAAAAUUCAAGGAGGUCGUCCAGCAUGCUUAUCAAUGAAUUGAAGGGUGCUGGCGGAGGCAGCAGUGCUGGAAACGGGUCGGUUUACUCAUGUGACUCUCUAUGCGCUGUUAAUAGGGAAGUGAACACUACUGAUAGAUUGUUGAAGUUGCGCCAAGAAAUGAAGAAACACGAUUUGUGUUGUUAUAUUGUACCCAGUUGCGAUGAACAUCAGUCGGAAUAUGUAUCAUUACGAGAUCAAAGGCGCGCCUUCAUUUCAGGGUUUUCUGGAUCAGCUGGUGUGGCCUGUAUCACCAGAGAUUUGUUAAAUUUCAACGAUGAUCAUCCCGAUGGGAAGUCCAUUUUGAGUACCGAUGGUAGAUAUUUCAACCAAGCUAGGCAAGAACUGGAUUAUAAUUGGACGCUUUUGAGACAAAACGAAGACCCGAUCACUUGGCAAGAAUGGUGUGUCAGAGAAGCAUUGGAGAUGGCCAAGGGACUUGGCAACAAAGAGGGAAUGGUAUUGAAGAUAGGUAUUGACCCAAAGCUUAUCACUUUCAACGAUUAUGUUUCAUUUAGUAAAAUGAUUGACACUAAAUAUGACGCAAAGGGUAAAGUGAAGCUUGUCCCCGUGGAGGAAAAUUUAGUUGAUAGUAUAUGGCCUGAUUUUGAAACUCUACCGGAAAGGCCUUGUAACGACUUAUUAUUGUUAAAAUACGAGUUCCACGGUGAAGAGUUCAAAGACAAGAAAGAAAAGUUACUGUCAAAGCUAAAUAAUAAUUCUUCCUCUGCAACAACCGGUACUAAUACUUUUAUAAUCGUUGCGUUGGAUGAAAUUUGUUGGUUGUUAAACUUGCGUGGAUCCGAUAUCGAUUAUAAUCCAGUUUUUUUCUCCUACUUGGCCAUUAACAAAGACGAGACUAUUCUUUUCUCCAAUAACCCCUUCAAUGAUGACAUAUCGGAAUAUUUCAAGGUAAACGGUAUUGAAGUCAGGCCUUACGAACAGAUAUGGCAACAUUUAACGAAGGUCACUGCACAGGCCUCUUCUGCGGGACACAAAUUUUCGAUUCCUGAUGGCGCAUCAUGGCAAAUGGUUCGUUGUUUGAACACCCCAGGCGAUGCUAAUGGUGUAGUGUACAAAAAGAUGAUUGCACAAAACUAUGUAAUGAUUCAUUCACCCAUCGAUGUUUUGAAAUCUAUCAAGAAUGACAUCGAGAUAAAAAAUGCACACAAGGCACAGGUCAAAGACGCAGUAUGUCUAGUGCAGUAUUUUGCAUGGUUGGAGCAACAGCUAGUGGGGCGCGAAGCAUUGAUAGAUGAAUAUCGUGCUGCGGAAAAAUUAACCGAGAUUAGGAAAACCCAAAGGAACUUUAUGGGGAAUUCGUUUGAAACAAUAUCCUCCACCGGUAGUAAUGCCGCCAUAAUACAUUAUUCACCCCCCGUGGAGAACUCAUCGAUGAUCGAUCCUACCAAGAUAUAUCUUUGUGACUCCGGUUCGCAGUUCUUGGAGGGUACAACUGAUAUAACAAGAACCAUUCACUUAACAAAACCAACAAAGGAAGAGAUGGAUAACUACACACUGGUGCUCAAAGGUGGGCUAGCCCUUGAAAGGUUGGUUUUCCCCGAAAACACACCCGGAUUCAAUAUCGACGCCAUCGCUAGGCAGUUCUUAUGGUCCCGCGGCUUAGACUACAAACACGGCACGGGUCAUGGUAUCGGUUCCUUCUUAAACGUUCACGAGGGACCCAUGGGUGUCGGCUUUAGGCCACAUUUGAUGAAUUUCCCCUUAAGAGCGGGUAACAUAAUAAGCAACGAACCAGGCUAUUAUAAGGACGGUGAGUACGGUAUCAGAAUUGAAAGUGACAUGUUGAUCAAGAAAGCAACUGAGAGGGGUAACUUUUUGAAAUUCGAAAACAUAACAGUGGUGCCAUAUUGCAGGAAGCUGAUUAACACUAAGUUACUAAACGAAGAAGAAAAAACACAAAUUAAUGAGUACCACGCAAGGGUGUGGAGGACAGUGGUGCAUUUCCUGCAGCCUCAAAGUAUCUCAUACAAGUGGCUGAAAAGAGAAACAAGCCCAUUAUGA